AUUCCAGGAUCUUGUCAGUCUAUAUGAUAUGCCGCUCUUUUCCUCAAUCGCAAUCGAUCCAUAGAGGCCUUUCUCCCGGAACCCUGAGCGCAAUCGAAACAGCAGAGUCAGAUUAAGACAAUAUGAUUUACGUGCCGUUAUUUGUUACGAGCUUGAUCUCGCUGAUGAUGUGUGUCGCGCCUUUGUUCUGGCAUAUAUCCCAGCAGAACACGGCAGUGCUCUUCCUCAUCGGCUGGACAGUUCUAGGAAACCUCUGCGUGUUUAUGAACUCGAUUCCGUGGGGAAAUCCUGAUGUUACAACGUACUGGGACGGUAGAGUCUUUUGCGAUCUUCUGACGAGACUGCAAUUGAUGGCGAGCAUGGGGACCACUGCGUCGCUGACCACGAUCUCGCGCAACUUGUCCCGGAUCAUGUCUGGCCAGACGUCACUGGCGCCGACGCCGUCCGAGAAGCGCUACGAGCUUUGCAUUCAGCUCUUUUACUCGUUAUUUCUUCCAGCAGUGCAACUGCCGCUGUAUUAUAUUUAUCAGUACAACCGAUACUUUGUCCUCCAAUACACGGGGUGCUCUUCAUCGGCGGAUGCAUCAUAUGUUGAUCUGCUGCUUUCGAUUCUCUGGUCCCCUAUUCUCUUGCUUACUGCUACCUACUAUUCGGUGGUCACUCUUUUCUACUACGUCAAGCGUCGUCGCGAAAUCAGCUCUGUGCUGCGAACAAGUUACUCAGGCUUCACCACAGCUCGCUUCGCGCGCCUUUUGUUUUUCAGUUUGUCGAUUAUAAUAGUGGCCUUGCCACUUUCACUCUACGUGCUCGCGCUCAAUUUGAAUAAUGGAAUUCGGGGCUUUUCGUGGUCAUUCAAUCACGCGCCUGAGAUUCGCGACAUGAUCGUCAUCCUGCCGUAUGACAAGCCCCGGUUCGAGUUUUAUCUAUAUCCGAUCCUCGCGUUUUUCCUCUUUGCUUACUUUGGAUUGGGUGCCGAUGCUCUGAAUAUGUAUCGUCGAUUCUUGAGCCGGGCUGGAUUGGGCAAACUGUUCCCAAAUUCACAGUGGCUUAACAGAGGCACGGUGUCUACGUCAGGAACAUACGUGUCCCAAGGCUCGGUGACGGACUCUUCUAAUGCAAAGAACUCAAAUAACGUGACCAUGACAACAAGCACGCUCUACGGCGGCACCAACAACGAAGUCUCGCAUUACGACUGGAGCUCGCCGUUCAACGACGAUCUGGACGUGGACCUCGAGAAGCACGCCGCGAGCGACGUUGCGAUCGUCGCCGGCGAGCGGUUCCAGUCGGUGAGCGAGUCUACCGAGUCGGACGAUAUCUCGUUCAGCAACGCGGCUGGAUAUCCGGAAGAGGGCGUGGUGAGGGUCAAGUACGAAGUUCGCGUAGAAAAAUAGUGCUUCUUGACUUGUUUUGGAGCAGGUUGAUUAUUUCCUUUGUUUGGCAGUUGAUACCUUUUUGGCGUAAUGAGCACGUGACUGUGUGGAUUGCCGAAUGCGUCGACUUGGUCUGCACGGGUUGCCAGAUCGCGAAGGAGGGGUUUGUUUUUGUUGCGCGUGUGUUUGGCGUAU